AUGAAUAAAAAGAUAGGAACAAUAAGUGAUGUUUAUCAAGAAAAGAUGAUGGAAUGUUUUGAAGAUGUAUAAAAUUAAAUAGAAGUAAUAUUGUGAUUAAUCAAUUUAUUAGUCUUCAUUCAACAAAGUGGACUCUUAUUUAGAUUCACUUCUUAAUGAUACUUCUGAUUCUUUCAAUGUAAAUACUGUCUAAAAACAACCUUGUAUACCCAUAUUUAACACUCCUUUAAUUCAAUUUCACAAUUCAAACUUUCUUUAAUCAUUAUAUUUAGAUAUCAAAUCAUUAAUCAAACUUAAUAUUAACAAUUCAUUAGAACUCAAAGAUCAAUUAUUAAAUCAAACUAAUCAAUUAAAUGAGAAACCAUUCACUUAUCAAUUAAUCCCAUAAUAUUCAAUUUCAUAAUCUGAUUACUGUUUCGCAAUAGCUAUUAAUAAAGAUUGUUCAAUAUUAUUGGCUGGAUGUUAUUAACAAAUAAAAGUAUUUGAAUUCAAAUCAGGAAUCACCAAACAAACUUAAAUUUUAAGUUAACAUAAUGAUAGAGUAUUUACUUUAAACUUCAUGAAGAAAUAAAAUUAGUUUAUAUCUGGGAGUUAUGAUAGUUCUAUUAUUAUAUGGUAAUUAAAUUAAAAUAAUUAAUGGGUUUCAUAAUACAUAUUAAAUGGACAUAGUAGUACUAUUGCAUGUCUUAUAAUAAAUGACAAUGAAGAUUUAAUUGUAUCAGGAAGUUAUGAUAAAACAAUUAAAUUUUGGAUGAAAAAGAAUGAAUGGUCGUGUUACUAAACAUCAUUCUACUUAUGUAUAUGGUUUGAGUUUGAAUUAAUAAUAAAAUAGAGUUGUAUCUUGUGGUAAUGAUAAAUUGUUAUUAAUAACGGAACAAUAAGGACGGAAUAAAGAAUGGAUUGUUAUCUAAAAGAUUACAGUAGAAUAAAUUGCAUAUCGAGUAUGCUUUAUUGAUAAUAAUAUGUUCACAUUAUCACAACAUGAAUAAGAAUAGAUAUCUAUUUUUGAGAUGAACAGUAUAAAUCAAUAGUUUACAAAGACUACAGAUAUUAAUGUAAAAUGUGGAUCAGAUAAUAAUUGUUUAUUUGCAUAAUAAUACAUAAAUUCAAAAUGUAUGGUUGUGAGUAAGAAUGGGUAAUAUGUCAAUUUGAUAAGGAAAACAUUAGAUGGACACUUAGUAACUCAAUAAUCUAUUCAUUUUAAUACAUGUUCAUUAUUUGGAGGAAUGAGUGAUAAUGGAGAGUAUUUGAUCACUUGGGAUAAUAAAUCAAAUUAAAUUCAAAUCAGAACAUAUUAACAAUUAUGA